ACAACAAGUGCACAAUUUUACUAGAAUUUUCUUAAAAUUAUCAAAAAAAUCAAGUUUUUGUAAAAAAAAUAUCAUUAACAAUGUUUAGUGAAGAAGAAAUAGCUAAAAAAGAAUGGACGGAAGAAGAACGUUUAGAAUUAGCAGCAAAAUUAGAUGCCGAUUUGGAUGCUUAUAUAGAUGGUUUGGAAAAGAAACGCUAUGAGGAAGGCUGGCCCGAGGAUCGUUGGCGGGAGGAAAUGGAUAAACAUCCCUUCUUUAUGAAAAAAGCUCCACAGCCGGGCGAUGAGGUCCACCCCAUGUUUGAGGGUUUGCAAAAGCUCAAAUAUGAUCCGGAAGAGAAUACUGCAGAAGAUUUAGCUUUGAAUUAUAAAGAGGAUGGUAAUUUCUAUAUGAAACAUAAAAAAUACCGCAUGGCCAUUUACAGUUUCAACGAGGGUUUCAAAACGAAAUGUGAAAAGCCUGAAGUGCUAGCGGUAUUGUACAAUAAUCGUUCUGCGGCCCAUUUCUUUUUAAAGAAUUAUAGAUCUUCCCUAGAAGAUGCCCAAAAAGCUUUAGAAUACAAACCCGACUAUAGCAAAUCCCGCUGGCGGGCGGCUCAAUGUGCUUUUGAACUCGAACGCUUUGAUUUGUGCUCUCAGAUCUGUGAUGAGAUUUUGGAAAAUGAUGCUGACGAUAAGAAUGCCCAAGAAUUGUUGAAGAACAACAAAUUGAGAAAAUUGGAAAAGGAGCGUAACGAACGCAAGGAGGCGAUAGAGAAGAAGAAAAAAGCUCAAUAUUAUCAUCGUUUGUGUAAUGCUUUGGAAGAGCGUAAAGUAAAAUAUGACGAUCAACAGCCGGGCAAAGAAAUUGUCAAUGAAGAACUGUUAAAACCUAAAUUUCUUCCUUUGGAAGAUUAUCCCGUGCAUCUAGAUGAGGACAAUAAGACCUUAAUAUGGCCGGCUGCAUUUUCUUAUCCCGAGUAUUUAUACAGUGAUUUUCAACAAAACUUAUCCGAGGAAGCCAGAAUGUCUGAUGUGGUUGAUUCCUUAUUUGCUGAACCCUUACCUCAGGACAACACUAAUAGCUAUCGUCCUGAUACAGUCAAUGUUUAUUAUGAGAACCGUAAAGUGGGCUGUGUUCAUAAAGUUGAUUUACAUAAAACCAUUAAGCAAAUUGUAAAGGAAAAAGGCUUUUUUGUUACUGGUGGCUCUUUGUUGUUUUAUAUUGUACCCAAAGAUACCAGAGUUGAACAGGAAUUUUUACAUGCGGAAAGAAGAUGUUUUCUUAAGUAGUUAAACUAGACUAAUCAAAUUCCUGACAAGUCUAGCUAAAAUUAAGGAAACAUCUACAUCGCUCUAACUAAUUUGAUAUAUUCCUAAUGAUUGUAAGUUAAGUUUUAGCUAAAGAUUUUCCCCCAUAUUCGUAAAAAGUUUUUAAAUUUAUCAAAGGUUACUAAUGGAAGCUAAUAUCUUUCAAGGGCCUUUAUAUUUUCAAAUAAAGUAAGAUCUUUGAAAAAAAUACUUUUAUUAAAAUGUAAA